GUAUAAAAUGGCUAAUAGUGUUCACUUUGAAGAAUAUGAUCUCACUCCGUUUGAAGAAUUUAAAUAUGAUCAAGUUAAAAAUAUGGCCAUCCAAAAUGCAAUAAAGAUACGUAAAUAAAAGAGACAGACACACAGAAUUUUAUCAUACUCUCAACAAUCUUUGUGAUGGAAUACAACAUUACAAGAAUAUGAUGAACUUGAACCAAGAGAAGCCUAGUAAACCACGCCCGAAAGUCAUUAAGGAGCCUGAAAUAAAGCCUUCUAAGAAAACUAAGGGUCUUAAGAAGAUUGCCAAUAAGCGCAGGCCUUCGCUUUAUCAAGGAUCUCGCCGCUCAUCAGCUCAUCAAAGUUCUCAUAACCCAUCCCUUACGAAGCCAAGAUUGAGCAAAUACUACCAAGAGAUGAAGAUUAUUGAGGAAAGUAUCCCUCUUAAACUUGAAAAUGAAGAGGAGAGUCAGAGAACUUUGGAUCAGAGCCCAAGCGCACAGAAAGAAGUGAAUCAUAGCUAUGCCCAUACCUCGAGACAGCGUACUUAUCAAUCCAUAGAUAGGUUCAUAAGCACCCAGAGGAAAGUUUGGAACCUCAACAAUAGCUCUCCAAACAAAUUAGAGAAAAUUUCUAAUCAAGCAGCUAAACUUGUUUGAGGAAUUGAUCCUUCUAAGUUUAGGAACACUUCCUUUCCUAUUAAAUCUUCCUAUCUUAAAUAAGCUUGCGAAGAAUAGGCAAAUUUAUGAAAGAAGAGCUUAUAUGCAUAAUACUAGCCUGAAAAACGAUGAUAUUUCGUGCCCAAAGUUAACUAAUCACACUGUAGACCAGAGCCAUUCCUCAUGAAAAGACUCUGGUAAAGUUUACAGCACCUCUCUAAAAUUCCAUUGUCAACGUAGGCCUUUUAAUCAAGAAAGGCUUGUAAAUCUAGCAAGACCAAAAGAACCCCUAAAAAUUCCAAAGAAAAUAAAGAAGAGAGGAUCCUUAUUAAAGUGAAAAUUAUUUGACAAGGGACAAACUUUAGGAAUUUCCAAAAAGAUGAAUCUGAGUUACUCCUUGCCACCAAAUAAGAAGGAAAAGCAGAUCCUCUUCAACAGUGCUAAAGCAAAUGUAUAUGGAGUUCCUUUAGAUAAAAUUCCUCUUUUAUCAAGAUCUAUCACUGAUUAUACUACUCCUAAAACCAAGAACAGAAUGUUGGCAAGGAGCUCUUUUUACAUUCAUAAACUUCAAAAACAGAAUAUCAAGAAGAAUAUUGACAAACAGCAUGUAAAGAUUCCAAAGCUGAGUGCACGAGACAAGAGUUGCUAAAUUUUCACCUAAAAAUUGAACACUUAUCCAUAAAAUUUGAUC